AUGGUCGAACGUCUUCACAGGCAACUGAAGGCUGCUCUAUGUGCCACUCCUGAUCCGCAGUCUUGGACAGAAUUCCUGCCUAUUGUUCUUCUUGGUUGUUGCACUGCUGUUAAAACAGAUUUAGGUUUCUUAUCUGCUGAACUCCUUUACAGUACCAUCCUGGCACUUCCUGGUACAAUGUUAGUGCCAGACAACUCAUCACCUCCUGAUCCAAUGUCGUAUGUCACCAGACUUCGCUCGUAUUUCUCAAGUCUUUCACCCUUGCAUCCACAUGACCAGUCCAUUUCCUUUCACAUCCCACUGGAUAUUGACAAAUGGACUCAUGUUUUUGUUGAGGAUGAUUCUGUCAGAGGACCUCUCAUUUCUCCUUAUAAGGGACCAUUUCGUGUAUUAUCGCGCACGCCCAAAACUUUUAGUCUCGACAUCAAUGGUCGAGCAGUGACUGUGCCGGUCAACAGACUUAAAAGGGCAUAUUUUGAGGUGUCCACACCCUUCGAUGAUGCCCUAAACACACCCACAUUUGAUCCUUUACAACUACCUACACAACCACCAUCACUUAUACCUCCAUCUUCGUCACCACUACCUAAUACGAACAAACCUUGUGUCAUCAGGACAGGCCGUACUGUGCAUUGGCCCAAAAAACUCACUAAAACUAUUUAUAUCUGA